AAAACGAGGGAGGUGGUGGAUGUGAACACCCUUCAUAGUAAACACAGCAGGAUCUCACAAAUAACAAGACCCAAAAAGAAAAGACCAGAGAAUGAGCGAGAGUGGAUGAUAUGUGAGGGAUUUCAGUUCAUCUUGAAACACCAGGCCAAGGCUUUGGUCAGUCUUGGGGUCUGCAUGAAGUUUGAGACAGAAGUUUUGUGGAAUUUCUGGACGAGAUACCUGCAGAACACACAGCAAGCUUUCACCAGAAAUCCAGUGUACACUCCAAGGUUUACGGUGAUGAUGGUCUCAGAGAGGUGUGUUCCUUACAUGAACAUUCAUGAGUCAUUUCCAGAGGAGCUGAGUCUGUUCGGAAAAGAUGUCCAGUUCUUUAAUGUUCGGUACCUUCCGUCCUACUCGCUGGUUCAUAAAGAAGCUGUGACUCUGGCUCGGAUCUUGCAAUUACCCUCCUUCCCAACAGUUUCGAAGGAUUGCUUUCUCCACCCGUUUCCGCUCACUGUCCGCUAUCUGUUGGAGGCAAACCUCCCAAAUGACCUUCAUGUUUGGGUCCACAAGGUUAUAAGACAGGCUGCUAUGGGGGACAGCUCUUUUCUGACCUUUGAACCCAGCAAGGAGAAGCCUCAUCUCUUGCGCUAUGACAUUCAAGCAGUAGCUGUCAUCAUUGUCACCUUGAAGCUCCUUUUCAAGUUGAAUGAUCAUGUGGAGUGGUACAUAACUUCAUAA